UCGGUAUGUACAGGAGAGGAGUGUGGAGGGUAUGACAGUGAUGGGUAUGUACAGGAGAGGAGUGUGGGAGGUAUGACAGUGAUGGGUAUGUACAGGAGAGGAGUGUGGGAGGUAUGACAGUGAUCGGUACGUACAGGAGAGGAGUACGGAGGUAUAUGACAGUGAUGGGUACGUACAGGAGAGGAGUACGGAGGUAUGACAGUGAUGGGUAUGUACAGGAGAGGGAGUGUGGAGGUAUGACAGUGAUGGGUAUGUACAGGAGAGGAGUACGGAGGUAUGACAGUGAUGGGUAUGUACAGGAGAGGAGUACGGAGGUAUGACAGUGAUGGGUAUGUACAGGAGAGGAGUACAGAGGUAUGACAGUGAGGGUAUGUACAGGAGAGGAGUGUGGAGUUAUGACAGUGAUGGGUAUGUACAGGAGAGGAGUACGGAGGUAUGGACAGUGAUGGGUAUGUACAGGAGAGGAGUACGAGGUAUGACAGUGAUGGG